AUGACAGCUGCAAGUAAUCUUAUCAGUGUAAGUCUAAAUGCUACAAGGGAUGCAGAUAAAGUUGGAUUAAAUGUAACUUGGAUACCUGGAAGAUUUACUGGACCUACAAAUUACACUGUUAAACUAGAGGAGAAAAUAAGCUUAAGUAGUGACAGUUACACCGCUAAAGAUACUAAAGAAGUUGUUGGUUAUGAUAAAAACUUCUUCAAUUUCCCUGAGCUUCUGGGUUAUUGGGAUUACAAGGUAACAGUUACAGCAAACACAAGUGAAGGUCAAAGUUCACCUAAAGUAGAAAGUAAAAAAACUUUUAUGAAACCUCCAGGGUUAGCAACUUUUAACAUUACAGUUGAUCCUAUCGUAGCCACUAAAGUUACUAUUUCAAUCAACUGCCCUGAAGAAAAAGAAAGGAAUGGUAUUAUCGUGAAAUAUACAGUUAAAAAAAUACUUUUGAGGGCUGACGGUAAUGAUCCAGAUAUGAUUCUUUUUCAAAGCAUCGAUAGAACACAAGAGAGUGAAAAUCCGUGUGAAGUGACAAAACAACUGCUAACAGAUGUCAGAGUUGAAAGGAAUUAUUCAGUUGAAGUAGCAACAAUUAACAAAGAAUUUUCAGGAGUCUUUUCAGGAGGCUAUAACUUUUAUGUUCCCGUAAAAUUACCUUUCCCUUUGGCAACGGAUACAGUAAAAAUGUUAAGUACCUCGGAAACCAAAUUAGAAGUUACCAUUUGCAGAGAUUGUGUGGCUAGUGAAACACAGGGUAGAAUACAGAUUUUGUUGCUGGCUGUAUGCUCAGUAUAUUCUAACUGUUUUCAUUCUGGAAAAAGAAAACGAUCAAUUGAAGCAAUUAUAAACAGUACGUGGUCAGAAGCUAAAAAAUCUGGAUUUACUAUUGGAUAUCGAACAACACCAUUAGAUUGGUUGAACCAACUGAGAGUGUCUCAAGACCGGUUUGUUAAUUAUAUUAUUGGACGUGACACCACUUGUGAAAUUGGGGAUACAGGUUACUGCAAUGGACCUCUGCCAUCUAGUACAAAAUUCAAAAUUCUUGUUCUAGAAUGUAACAGUGCUGGUUGUGUUUCAUUAUCUUCAGAAACAGUUGCCACAAAAGAUGAAGAGGCGAAUUACACCGCACUUGCUGUUGGUUUGAGUCUUGGACUUCUGUGUAUUAUAAUCAUAAGCAUUGUUGCUGUCGUUUGUAUAAAACGACACCACAGAAAUAAGAAGUCAGAGGCUAUGAGGAGACAAGCACCUCUCUAUAAUACUUUAAACAGAACUUUUCAAGAUGAUCAUCUUUAUGGUAUUGCUAAUGAUAAGAUGACUCCAGUUAUCCGUGAACCAGAACAUGUCAACCAGCCAGCAAGCAAUGAAGAUGUCUAUCAAGAAAUACCUGACUCCAAAAACUAUCAAGUUACCAGCGUUGAUGAUUAUCAAAAUUCUAUCAGUGCAGUUAAAAGCAAGUAA